CCGGAAGUGCCGGUGCUGCGUGCGGCCAGCAGGGGGAACCAGAGAGCAGGAAGCGCUGAGGCUCCCAGCCUGCCAGCUGCUGUUUUCCUGCAGUCUGAGCGGAUUCUCUGUAGCGAGCUGUUCUGGUUCUGUUUUGAUGACGAACCGAACGUGGUGAUCCGGAACCAGCUCCAAACAGAACCACUCUGUGAGUAUGUACAGCUCCUGAUCCGGGUCAGCCUGGUUCUGGUUCUGGUGGGGGUGUCCUGAAAGUUGAUUUCAAUCCGGAUUUAAUCUGCUGAGCUACGUCAGGAAGGUUUUGGAUUCAGAACCUCGGCCCGGUCUGCUGGGAGAUCAGAGGUUCUGGAGGGUUCCAGUCCAGAACCAAUCUGGGUUCCUGCUGAGGCAGCAGCGACUCGGGUCAGAACCGGUCCAUCCGGUUCCAGAGGUGGGACGGGAAUGUUUGAGUUGGAGGGCGGGUCUAGCAGGAUGUCCUGGACCGAUGAGCCCGCUGGAGCAACCGGGCCCAACCAGAAACAACCGGGCCAAACCAGAACCUCAGCUCCAAACCGCCAGCUUCCCUCUGGAGGACCAACAGAACAGAACCAGCUGAUGGACACUGAGAGCGGAGCGGUUCUGCCUGAAACCGGGCCGGCGACCCACUGGCCCCGUUCGAUCGGCUUCAGCGGCCCCAGAGAGCCCCUGGAGGACUGGGUGGUGGACCCCGGCUGUGUGACCUUGGACGACAGCGAAUCGGAGGACGUCCUACAGGCCGUCGACCCCAACGAAGUGUUUGGAACCGGAACCGGGCCCGCUGACACGUCAUCGGACAGCGACAGCGGCAUCUCGGAGGAGAACCCUGUUGCCAUGGUGACAGCAGUAACCACGGCGACCAGCCAGCCAGCCCCGGCAGCACUCUACCAGGUGGUCUAUGACAUCAGCUCUGUGGGCGGAGCCAAACCUGAAGCUGGUCAGGAGAACAUCAUCUCCAUCGAACUGGAUGAGUGGAGUUCCCAGCUGCUGUUUUCGGACUCCUGCAUCGUCAGCGACUUGCACACGGCUUCGUCUUCAUCCUCCUCCUCCUCUCAAUCUGAUGGCGGCCGAAGCUCCGCCCCUCUCUCAGGUAGAGACCAGGUGCUGCUGUUUCCUGACCUGCGGCUGACAGAGGAGGAGCAGAAGCUGCUGACGGAGGAGGGCGUGUCCCUGCCCAGCAACCUUCCACUCACUAAGGCUGAAGAGCGGAUCCUGAAGAAAGUCCGCAGAAAGAUCCGGAACAAGCAGUCGGCUCAGGACAGCCGCAAGAGGAGGAAGGAGUACAUCCACGACCUGGAGAGCAGGGCAGCAGCGUGCUCGGCUCAGAACCAGGAGCUGCAACGAACCGUGGAGCAGCUGGAGAAACACAACGUGUCCCUCCUGGCUCAGCUGCAGCAGCUCCGCUCCCUCAUCAAGCAGACGGCCAGUAAAGGAGCGCAGACCAGCACCUGCUUACUGAUCCUACUGGUGUCCCUCAGCCUGAUCGUCCUGCCCAGCUUCAGCCCGUUCAGCCGCCGACCGUCAGCCGACGACGACUACAGAACCGCCGCAGUUGUAUCCAGAAACAUCCUGACGGAUCCAAACUUCUCCAACCCGGCAGACGACGGCGCCGGUUCCGCUGCACGUUCGGACUCGUCGGUGCCUCCUGAGCUCAGCCAAUCAGGGCCUGCAGGGGGGGCAGCGGCACUGCCCGAACCAGUAGCAAUCCAGGAGAGCUUAGCGGGCGCUGACAGCAGCCAAUCACAGAACGGGACGGCUGCUGUUGCCGGGCAGACUGGCCGUGAGCAGGGGAAACCCGGACACGCUGAUGAGAUGUAACCAGAACCUCCAGCAGGGGCCGCCAGACUGACACUGAGCAGCUGGAUGACUGGUUCUGUUGGAUUGGAACCAGAGUACUGAGGUUCUGGAGUGGUACCCUGACCGGAAUCAGGUUUUAAAGUAGAUCCAGCAACCGUACUGGACUUCACCGAGACCGUUUCUCUCUCUCUGUUGGACCAGACCUGUUACCGGAAACGACCCGUUUUAUGUUCAUCUUGUGGAGAAACACUGACGUUCUGUCCUGGGCUGUUUCUGGGUCGGUUUGUGGGUUCUGUUUGUUCAGUAAAUCAUGUGAUGCUGCAAACAG